AUGACAUCUAAAAAAUUGGAUAAGAAUGAUUUGGAACAAGUGAUUAUAUUUUUUAAUGAACAACAAAAUUUUGUCGGACAUGCUUCAAAAUCAGCCGCUAUUAAUAAUGCCAUUGACAUAACAAUAUUAAAUAAUGAUGAAGCUGAUAGACCAGAUCCACUUCGAUUACCAGAAGUCAUCAUAGUAAUUUGCGUAUUAUUAUUAUGGUGCGGAUCAAUAUUUAGUUUUAUUCGUCAUUCAGAAUUAUUGCGAAUUCGUCAUCGUGAUAUACCUUAUCGCUCUAAUAUGAAACCACCAAUGAAUCUGAAUCAUAUUACUGUUGUUCAUCGUACAAGUGAUACGGUUAUUCAUUCGAAACCACGACGUUCGUCAGCUCUUGGCUUACCAUCGUCAGUAUAUAAUCAUAAAACUAAUAAAUAUAAUAAAAUAGAAAGUACGCCACCAGCAAGGUUACAUUUCUCUCCACAAGUACAACAUUCAUAUUCAUAUAAUUCAAAUAAUUCUAUAGCAAAUCAUCCUUAUCAUGAUGAACAACUUCUGAGUCCAAGUAUGAUAUCGCACGAUGUAAGAAGAAGUUUACUUGAUUUACAUUAUAAAAGUAUGGAUAAUUUGUCAGCAAUGAAACAUACUAUGUCAUAUUCAACAACUGAUGUAUCAAGACGUAAACAAAAUGAUGCACGUCGUACAACGAUUGACGAACGAACUGUACAAGAAUCACCUGUAUAA